AUAUGCUUGUCGAUGGCUCUUUCAGAUUUUUAUGCCAAACAUCCAAAUUAUGAAACCAGAUUAUCUCUGCAAAGAUGGGAAUCGCUUGGUGCCUUUGCUGCAGCGCCAGCAGUUGGAUAUCUACCACAGACAUCAGCUGAAGCCUUAUUUGCAAUCCAACUUGGAGACAACCUUUCUCCUUCUUAUAGUCCUUUGCUUAUCAGAACAACCAUGCCUGACUUCUCUCGCCUAGCAGAAGCUACAGUUUCCACUUUGGAAAUGUUUGAAUGGAACAAAGUUACACUUAUAUAUGAAGACAUGGAAUUCAGUAAUGCCAUCAUCCCCUAUCUAACCGAUGCAUUAGUGAACAAGGACAUUCAACUAUCACACAAGAUUGCAAUCCCCACCUUUCCAGAAGAUUUUCAAAUUUUAGAAAGGCUUGAAGUGCUAAUGAGCUCGCAAAGUGAGGUAUUUGUGGUGCACAUGUCUUCAAAUCUUGCGUCUCGUCUUUUUGUAGCUGCAAACAAGGAAGGAAUGAUGGGCAAAGGAUUUGCAUGGCCCGUGACAGAUGGUUUAUCCAACUUUGUAGAUACCAUGGAUCCUAUAGCUAUUGGUUCAAUGAAGGGUGUAAUAGGCUUAAGGCCUUAUAUUCCCAAGACGACAGCUCUUAAGAACUUCAGAACAAGAUAUAAAAGGAUAUCCAGCAUGAAGCAGAACAAGGCUGCAACUAAGCUAAAUCUUUUAGGUUUGUGGCUUUAUGAUAUAGUUUGGGGAUUUGGUAUGACAGUGGAAAGAAUAGGCAAUGUGAAUUCUGGCUUCUUGAAGGAGAUGAAUGACAGAACUUGGUUAAUAGGAAUCUUGAACCCUAGUUUUAGAGGGAUCAGUGGGAUUUUAGACUUGGUGAAUAGGCAGUUCCAACCUUCGGUCUUUGAAAUUUUUAAUAUAACUGGAAAAAGAAAUAGAGUGAUUGGCUAUUGGACUAAUGGUCAAGGAACAUCUAAAAAUAAUAAUUCAACUUCUAGGAACACCCCGAGAAUACUUCAGGCAGAGGAACCAACGAGAGCAAAGUGGAGAAUAGGGGUUCCAAGUAAGAAAGGGUUCACUGAGUUUGUGAACAUACAGUCAGGGAAUAAGAGCAAUGAUGAUGAAUUACCAGGGUUCUCUAUAGAGGUUUUCAGAAAAGUGUGGGACUUGGCCUUACCUUCCACCACUAGUUAUGAAUUUGUAAACAUUGAUGGAACUUAUGAUGAUUUGUGUUGCCAAGUUAAGUACCAGGAAAUCCACGCUGCUGUGGGAGACAUCUCGAUUGUGGGAAGUAGGACAAAUUGUGUUGAUUUUACAUUACCGUAUUUGGAAACCGGGGUGGCCAUGCUUAUAAAAGUCCAACACAAUGGGCCAAAAGAUAUGUGAAUAUUCUUGAAGCCUUUAAGUUGGGAUCUAUGGUUGGUAAUCAUCGCCAUCUGCAUUUUCAUAGGGAUUGUUGUUCGAGUUUUAGAGCGUCGUGAAAAUACAGAAUUUAAUGGAUCAGCAAGAAAGCAACUCAGCACAAUUUUGAUGUUUCCAUGCCAAUCUGUGGCUAUUCCUCAAAGAGAUAUGGUAGUAACCAACGGCUCAAGAUUGGUGUUGGUGGUAUGGAUAUUUUUGGCCUUAAUUUUGAUGCAGAGUUACACAGCAAAUUUAUCUUCAAUCUUGACAGUCAAUCAAUUACAGCCAACAAUCCCGAGUAUUAAAGAACUGAGAAAAUCUUAUGUUGGUUACCAGAAUCAUUCAUUUGUAAAAGGCUUCCUAAUAAAUCAAUUAGGGUUUCAGGAGUCUAUGCUCAAGCCAUAUUGUUCUGUUGAUGACUACCAAGAAGCAUUGUCAAAGGGAUCUGAAAAUGAGGGAGUUUCAGCCAUCUUUGAUGAAAUUCCCUACAUUAAACUAUUUCUUGCUCAAUAUACUACAGGCUAUCUCAUGGUUGGGCCCACCUAUAGAACAGAUGGGUUAGGAUUUGCAUUACCAAUAGGUUCGCCAAUGGUUGCUAAUUUCUCAAGGGCAAUCCUGAAUUUCACUCAACGAAAAUACAUGAAUUCAUUGGAGAAAAAGUACUUUGGCAUGGUAUCCAUAGAUCAAGACGAGACUGGGGCAGUCUCUUCAGCUAGCCCCAGUCUUACUUCAAGGAGUUUUGCUGGCCUCUUUAUCAUUAUUUCCAUCAUUGUACUUUUAGCCUUGCUUAGCUCAAAAAUCCAUAUCUUACGAAGGCUCAUCCAAAGAUACAUCUUUAGCAAUUCUGGUGAUAUUGCUCAUCCUCCACAAAUCAACAACGUUGAAGAAAAUCACAAUUCUAACCAGAAUAAUAGAGAUGAAUCUAUAGAAGAAGGUAUACUGGAAGGUCGCUCAUCAUAGCAUGCAGCUAGCUCAGUACAUAAAAUUUCAGGGCAUCAUGAAUGUAUGAAAUGAUUGCCAUAUGCAUUAUUAACAUUUCACUAUAUAUAUAUAUAUAUCACUAGUUUUCUUGAUUGUAAGUCAUUUAAUUAUUUUUUUUAUAAAUUUUGUACUGUCUGAUGAAUAAAAUGGUUACAAAAUUAAAACAUAAUAA